AUGGAGCAGCCAGUACCAGGCAGAGGAGACCCCUCCCCUCCUCCAGAGGCUCCUCUGCAGGCACCUGUGUGGUCAGAGGAGCUGAACAGCUGCAAAGAGUCAGAGUCUGCCUUGGAGCAAUUCAAUCAGCUUGAGAGUGAGCAUGGAGAGCAAAGGUGGGAAGGGGAAGGGCAGCAGCAUGGAGAUGAGGAACAUGAAAUGGGCAAAAGAUGUGAAGAAGCCAUAGAAGAGAGAGAGCUGGUUGUCUUGGAUCCAGAACAUCCUCUGAUGCGAAGAUUCCAGGCUGCCCUGAAGAAUUACCUUGCUAAGGAGCUGGAGAAAGCAGCCCUAGAUUUCCAGGAACUGAGGCUGGCAAGGAAGAAGAGCAAAGGACAGAAAGAGGAGCUGGGGGUGACUCUGUUCGGAGCUCAGGAGCAGCUGGCCCGGCUGCAGCUGAAGCUGGAGAGGAGCCACCAGCACCAUGCUCAAAUGGCCCCAGCCUGCCAGCAGCUGGAGGAGGAGCUGCAGGGCCUCAGGCUCACUCAGCAGAAAAUGUCUCAGGACACAGAUGAGGAACGCAAGAAAGUUUCUGCAUUGCAGACCCAGGUUGAAAACUUGGCCUUGCAGCUCUUCUACGUGCAGAACAUGGAGCAGGAUUUGCACCAUAAUAUUUUACUCAUGAAACAGUCGGCAAAGAGGGCUGAGGCUGAGAAGUUCCAGGCUGAGAUGGAGAAUAAAAAACAGGAUCUCCUGGUGGACAGUUUGACAAGGAAAGACUACGAGCUGCAAGAGCAGAUUGCUCUGCUGGAAGCUCAGCUCGUGGCCCAGGCAGAGGACACCAAAGCAACUCGUCAAGCAGUAAACGAGGCCUGUAUGGAGGUUCAGGCCAUUAACAUGGAAAAGAAGCGAUUGAUGAGCCACUGGGACAGCAGCUUGGCUGGAAUGAAGCAAAGAGAUGAGGCCUGCAUUGCUGCACAGGAAUUGCUGAGCAAAUACAGGCAUGACCUCAAGUCCCUAGAAGUAGACAUUCAAGGGUGUAGAAAGGCAAUUAGAAAGGAGGAGGAGAGGAAUGAGGUGCUUGUCUCCACCCUGAACCGUUCACAGAGCAAUGCCAACACCUCCAAGAAACUGAUUGCCCAGAGCCUCUGGAGGCAGGAGGCCUUGAAGGUUGAAUCUGGCACCUACACUCGAGUUCUCCAGGAGACAGAGCAGGCCCUCAACAAGACCAGCAUGGAUCAAGCUGCUCUUCUCAAGGAUUUGUGGUCUCUCAGUAAGGAUAUAGAGAAAGGGAUUGGAGCCAAAGAGCAGAUGGAGAAUGAAAUAAUGGCAAAGCUGCAGGACCAGAUGAUAUCCAGCAAAGCCACCAAGCAAUUCUCACAGCUGGCUGCAGAUCUUUGUGGUAGAGUAACAGAUCUGGAGCUGCAUUUUUCCAAAGUUGAGAAUGAUACUGCCCAUCUUGUUCUGAAUGCAACUCAUACCAACUGCAGGCUGACAGGUCUCCAGAAAACACUUUGUGAGCUGGAUAAGGAAGUGAAAAGCAUGCAUGAUCUGAUCAGGCACAGUGAAAGUGAGAUUGAAAAGUGCAAUAUCUUGAUUGAGAACAAGCAAGUGGUCAUCAUCCAGUACAACAAAAGGCUGGAGACCCUUCUUUCUCAGCUGGGGGGGCAUGAAUUUGGGCCAUUGGAAAUUGAGAUCAACAAGCUGAGCAAGGAGAAUGAAGACUCUAAUUCUGAGGUGAUGACACUGCAGAAGUACUGGCUCAAUCUGCAGAAGGAGAUGGUGAAGCUAAGACAAGAACGGGAGGAGCAACUAACCUCCUGGGAUAUGUUGAAGAAGCAGCUCACAAUAAUGCAGCAGAAGAAAGUGCGCACUGAAAAUGAAAUCCAGCAGGAAAUAAAAGAACAGAAGAACAUUGAGUGUCACAUGAGGAGCAUGUCCAAUGACUUGAUAACGUUGAACGUGCUGAUCAAUGAGAACAGCAGCAGCUUCGAGGAGCUGCGCUGCGGCAGCGUCAUCACAGAGAACGAGUUUUUACGCACCCUCAAGGCGGCAGAAAAAGAGUCAAUUGAGAUGCAGGAGAGGUACAGUCAAUUGGCUGAGGAGAAGGAAAGAUUCCUGAACAGCCUGCUGGAAGCACAGCACCAAAUCAUGCUGUGGGAGAGGAAGAUCCAGCUGACAAAGGAGAUGUGUGCGGUGGUGGAUUCUGAGAAAGCACAAGAAGAAAUCCAAGCCAUGAAAACAGAGAUUCAUAGGAUGCAAGUCUGCUAUGCCCAGCUGAUGAAGCAGCAUGAGAAGAUGAUUCGUGACAUGGAGGCAUCUGUUGCUCGCAGAGAAGCAAUAGCUGUUUGGGGGAGGGGGCAGAACAAAACUGACAAGAAAGUUCUCACCAGGGGUGACUUCCACCACAGGGCAGAGGAGCUGAAGAGGAAGAUCAGCAAAAACCAGAAGAACACUCAAGACUGCAACAGAACCACCCUAGAGCUGGAGAGCACCCAAGCAUCCCUCAGUGCUUCCUUCUUGGAAAAGCAGCAGGAGCUGCUGGGGCUGCAGGCUGAGUCCUGCAGCCUGGACUCUGACGCGGAAUGUCUUCGGAACAAGACGCGAUGGAACCUGUUGGAGAUUGUGGCCUACCAGACACGCCAGAAGCACCUGCAGGCUCUGAAGGAGGGCAAGUACAGUCCCCUGGGCUCCACGGAGCAGGCCCGGAGAACUGAGCAGGAGAAGCUGCAGGACCAGCUCCGUUCUGUUAAUGCCAUUGUCCAGCAGAUCCAGCAGGAGCAUCUUCAGCACCAAAGGCUUCUCCAGUGGUUCAGUCAGUGCUUGGAAUCCAGGCUCAGCUCACAGGAAGCCUGA